GAAAAAAAAAAGAAAGAAAAAAAGAAGCACAGAGACAUUCAUGGCUAAGUGUUGGAAAAUGUCUGCUUGUGAUUUCCUCUUCCUUCUCAUCUUCCUUACAAGCCUGAGACCUUCUAUACAGCAACUUAGACCUGAGUACGUCGGUCAUAAAUGUUCUUCAGGGAGAUCUAUUUACCUCAAAAACAGCACAUACUCUUCCAAUCUCAAAACCCUUUUGUACUCUCUUUCUUCUGAAGAUCACAAUCAUUCAUCCUCCAAUGAAUUUCUAAGCCUUACAGAAGGACAAAACCCGGACAUGGUUUUCGGACUUUACCUCUGCCGGGGAGACUUGUCGCGUGAAGUCUGCCGUGAUUGCGUCAAUUUCGCCGUCUAUGACAUUCUGAAUAAGUGUCCAAACGAGAAGGAGGCUUUGAUUCAUUACGAUGAGUGCUUGCUGCGAUACACUGACCGGGAUAUUCUCUUGGAUCCUAUAACCACAGCUGAUAUUUUGAAAAUAAAUCAACAAAAUAUUGUGGCAAACCAAUCAGUUCGGUUCAAUGAUGAACUCCUUUCUUUAAUUAACGAAACUUCAAAGACGGCUGCUAAUAGCUCAAGAAGAUUUGAUGCAAAAAAGGUGAAUUUCACAUCGUCAGAAAACAUUUCUGUAAUGGCUCAGUGCAUACCUGAUCUGACAAGAGAGAAUUGCUCAAGCUGUUUACAACAUGCCAUCAAGAAAGUGCCUCGUGACAAAACUGGAGGAAGCCUUCUCUUUCCAACUUGUACGUUAAGAUACGAGCUUAUGUCUCUCUACAAUGAAACCAAGCCAAGUCAAGCUCCUCCUCCUACUCAGCAGUCUGGAAAAAACGGAAACUCAAUCGUGAUAAUCAUAGCAAUUGUUGUGCCACUAGCUGUCUAUAUUCUUCUUUUUGCUGUUCUUUCUAGCUUCCAUUUGAUAAAUAGAGCGAAGAAGACUUAUGAGACAGCAGCUGCGGAUGAGGAUGGAGAUGAUAUUACAACUGCUGGCUCAUUGCAGUUUGAUUUUAAUGCUGUUGAAGCUGCAACAAAUAAGUUUUCGGAAAGUAACAAACUUGGUCAAGGCGGAUUUGGACAAGUUUACAAGGGCGUAUUUCCUAAUGGAUUACAAGUUGCAGUGAAGAGACUAUCGAAAACAUCAGGACAAGGUGAAAGAGAGUUCAAGAAUGAGGUACUUGUGGUUGCUAAACUUCAACACAAAAAUCUGGUCAAGCUUCUCGGAUUUUGUUAUGAGAGAGAAGAGAAAAUACUUGUCUACGAGUUUGUGCCUAACAAAGGCCUUGAUUACUUCCUCUUUGACUCUACACUGAAAAGCCAACUUGAGUGGACAAGACGGUACGAGAUCAUUAAAGGAAUUGCUAGAGGUGUUCUUUAUCUUCAUCAAGAUUCAAGACUUACAAUCAUACAUCGUGACCUCAAAGCGAGUAACAUCCUCUUAGAUGAUGAUAUGAAUCCAAAAGUUGCUGAUUUUGGAAUGGCGAGAAUUUUUGGUAUGGAUCAAACAGAAGCCAAUACGAAGAGAGUAGUUGGAACCUAUGGCUAUAUGUCUCCAGAAUACGCGAUGUAUGGCCAAUUCUCCAUGAAAUCAGAUGUCUACAGUUUCGGGGUCCUAGUUCUUGAAAUAAUAAGCGGCAGAAAAAACAACAGUCUCUAUCAAAUGAAGGACAGUGCUGGGAAUUUGGUUACAUAUACUUGGAGACUAUGGAGCAAUGGAUCACCACUAGAGCUCGUGGAUCCAUCUUUUCAAGAGAACUAUCAAGUAAACGACAUUACUAGAUGCAUCCAUAUCGCUUUGUUAUGUGUUCAAGAAGAAGCUGAAGACCGUCCAACCAUGUCAGCAAUCAACCAAAUGCUUACUACUAGUUCAAUCGCUCUUGCCACUCCUCAACCACCUGGAUUUUUCCUCCGGAGAAAACAUGAAGAAGUAGUAUCAGGAGCAGGUCCAUCCACUGGAUCGUCUGUUCUCUAUUCCAUGGACGACGCUUCCGUUACUCAUGUAACUCCUCGUUGAAGACAAAACGCUUUACAAAGAUUAGUAAACAUCGACAGUGAAGAAAGAAUUUCUUAGUUAAUUGUUCAUAACUUUCUUAAGUGCCAGUGAUGGUAUAA